AUGGCUGCCAGACAAAGCUGUCAGUGUGGUGAGGGCCGCCACAGACAAAAUACACAGGAAUCAAAACCCGUGGAGGCCAUCAACUUCUCGCAGAUCCUGCAAGGUGUGCUUUUACAUGACAAGAUACGUAAAUUGAUGCCAUUCCUGCUCCGCAAAUAUCAAAAGAAGGAGCAGAUCACCAUGGAAGAAAUGCUGCACACUGUGGGCCGCGAUUACCGUGGGGAAUUCCCUGCUAUCUUUAGGGAAUUCUGUGAGUCUGUGAGUCUGGGCUUUGGCAUUGAUAUAAGGAAGAGUGAUCCCUUUGGGUACAGAUAUAAGCUCGUUCCUGUUUUGGGCCUCACUUACAGUGGGCUGCUGGAUGAUGAUAAUCAAAUAGUGCCCAAAGUUGACAUCUUGAUAUUCAUCUUGUCUCUAAUCUUCUUAAAUGGCAACCGUAUCAGUGAGGAGGAAUUAAAGACAAAACUGGAAAGAUGGGAGAUGUUAGCUCGUAUUGAGAAUAUUUGUUUUAAGAAUCCCUGGAAAUUCAUCACUGAGGAUUUGGUAUGGGCACAGUAUGUGGAGUACCGGCAAAUUCCUAACAGUGAUCCUGUUCGCUAUGAGUUUCUCUGGGGUCCUAGAGCUCAUGCUGAAACCACCAAGAUGAAAAUGCUAGAGCAUAUGGCCAAGCUUAAUAGUGAAGAUCCCAGGGCUUACCCAGAGCUAUAUGAAGAGGCUUUAACUGAAGAAAGAGGUGCAGUCAGGGUCCCUGAAGGGCAAAAGAAGUGA